AUGGCGAGUCGCGAGGGUGCAAGCCCGCCGCCUGAGGCUUUCGGUCCCGAUGACGUUGCUGCCGAAGCCAGCGAGACGGAAUCCGGAAGCUCGUAUGCAGGCACCGCCUCGGCUCCAGACACACCCGCCUGUCCCUACCGCAACUCAUCCUUCCACGACCAGGAAUGUUCGCUCUUCCACGACUGCCCCACACAUCGUAUGGAGAGGCUACCUGAGGACAAUGACGUCGCGGCCAGCGGACUCGAGGAAGCACCGUCAGAGUCGGAAUCCCAUGACGACCCCGAAGACGACCCCCAAGAUGGCCCAGUGCUGCAAGAGUUUCUGUCCCAUUCCGAUGCGAGAGGGCAAACGAGCACUGCAGAUACGGACGUGGCUCAAGUCCAACCGUCUGAAGCAGCAGUGUCUGAAACAGUCCCCGAGCAUACUGCCGCUAUCAGCAGCCAGGAACCCAGUGAGACUUUGGGUACAUCAUCGGGAGCAGCAGGCGUCUCUACGCAGCUUGCAGCUGCCAGCUUGAACGGGGAUUACCCUCGCGAGGCAACGACACAUGAUUUGAAUGCACAAGACGCUGCGGCACAGGUUCGGGGUCGCGAUGUAUCAAACUCUGCGCAAAGCUCGAGGCCUUCGUCUUCCGCGUCUCACUCCAGUGGCCACCGGAACAUGUUUGGAACUACAGACUCUCCUACACUUGCCAAUCCUAGGUUUUCUGGAAGGCUCCCAGGGACUGAGGUCGCCCUCCCCCGCUGGCAACCCGACUCCGAGGUGACUAGUUGCCCUAUUUGUCAUUACGAGUUUGGCCUUUUUAACAGAAGGCAUCAUUGUCGGAAAUGUGGCAGAGUUGUCUGCGCCAACUGUUCACCUCAUCGUAUCACCAUUCCGCAUCAGUAUAUCGUACGGGCGCCUGGUGAAGUUCCCCCCAUGGCAGGACCUGGCGUCUUCGGUGGCGAGCGUGGUGUUGCCGACUUUAGCUUGCUUGGAGGUGGUGAGAGAGUACGACUUUGCAAUCCCUGCGUGCCGGAUCCGAACACAACUCCUCUCACUCGCCCUUCUCCCACAGUCCCCGGAUCAACACCUCAAUCUAUGAGAUCACCGCAUCAGAGAUCACAGAGCAGCGCCGAUGGCACGGCCUAUCUACGGAGUGGCCUUAACGAGAGAUAUCUGCCUCCGAUUCCGACAAGCACGAGACCGGCAGACAGCGCUUCUUCUAGGAGCAGAAGCGCCACCAUGCACCAUCUAUCAUCCACUAGGGCUCAGUACGGUCCAUCAGAUGCCCCCUCCAUUUUCCAAAGGUCACAAGCCGUCUGGACGCCUUGGGACACGCAGCGAGCCAGUGGACCUCAGCCCGGGUCCUCAACCGGGGCUGGAAUACCGGCGUUUACCACAGAUGAGCUGCGAGCUCUGCGCGCAAUGGGCGCUCAACCUCGCUUCGUGCAGUCUGGUCGAGGUUCUCAUGUAGACUCACGCUUUGAUGCCCUCUUGAGACAGAUGGCUUCCGCAGGCUCGUCUUCGACGGCAAACAGAGAUAUCGAACGGCCUUUGCCAGCACCGCCGCAGAUUCCGGAGGAGGAUGAAUGUCCUGUCUGUCACAACGAGCUGCCAUCUCGUAGCUUACCGAAUUGCGACGACUUACGCGAGCAGCAUAUUGCCGCCUGCAUUACGUCACACAGUACGUACUCGCCACAGCCCCCGAUAUCGACGCAGACAGGAGUUCACGGCACUCCGCCUCCGAGGGCAAUGCGGCGGACUGGCAUGUUCCCAUACAUGGCAACUGAGAAAGACUGUGCAAGCGGGGAGGAGUGCACCAUCUGUCUCGAGGAAUACGAACCUGGUACCAAGAUGGCAAGAUUGGAAUGUCUCUGCCGGUUCCACCACGCGUGUAUCUUGUCAUGGUUUGAGAACCACCCUGGUCGUUGUCCCGUUCACCAACACGACAGUUUUGGUUAUUAA